CAUACUGCAAUCAGUAGGCGUGUACAUCCGCUUCAUUUCCCGUUUAAAAUAGUUAGCUGACAGACCGCUCGAGCAAUAGGAACAGACGACAGGGGAAGAAGUUUUGUGCUGCGCUUAUGUAACAAGAUCAAGUUUCAUUCAUGAAUACCGAGGUGCUGGUGCUCUAUUUUGCCAAAAGUGCAGAAUUGGCAGGACUCAAAUCGGAGAUCAUUAGUGUCCCUCAAGAAUUAACGUCCCAAGAACUGUGGCAGGAACUGGAAAACCGACAUCCUAGACUGUCUGCGAUUCGUGAGCAAGUGGUGAUUGCAGUGCGUCAACAAUACGUGGUCCUGGGUAAUCAGCACGUGAGUCUGCGGCAAGGUGACGAGGUCGCUGUCAUUCCUCCGCUCAGCGGUGGCUAAGCCUCGAUCUCAG